AUGGGGCCCCCUGGGAGGCAGCCUUGCCCUUGCCUGCUGCUCCUCUUGGUGCUGAGCUGUUUCCAAACCAGCCUGAGCCUGGAACGGAUCCCCUACAAGCCACAGAUAACAGCCUGGAACCUGGAAGGGAAGGUCACGGCCACCACGUUCUCCCUGGAACAGCCUCGCUGUGUGUUUGAUGGGCACGCCAGCGCCAAGGACACCAUCUGGCUGGUGGUGGCCUUCACCAAUGCCUCCAGGGAUUUCAGGAACCCGCAGACCCUGGCUGACAUUCCCGUCUCCCCACGGAUGCUGACCGAUCGCCACUUCAUGACGUUGCCCCUGUCCCUGGACCAGCUGCCCUGUGAGGAUCCAGUGGGUGUCAGUGGAAGCUCCCCCUUGCUACGGGUGGGCAAUGACUUCGGCUGCCACCAGCAACCCUACUGCAACGUCCCUCUCCCUGGCCCUGGUCCUUACAGUGUCAAGUUCCUCCUAAUGGACGUCGGUGGCGCACCCACGGCUGAGACCGAGUGGUCAGAUCCCAUCACUCUGCACCAAGGGAAGGCCCCAAGCUCCAUUGACACGUGGCCGGGGCGGCGGAGUGGCUGUAUGAUUGUAAUCGCCUCCAUCCUCUCGUCCCUGGCCGGCCUCCUGCUCCUGGCCUUCCUAGCAGCCUCUACAGUGCGCUUCUCCAGCCUGUGGUGGCCCAAGGAGGCCCCUGAGCAUCUGCGGAUCGGCUCCUUCAUGGGGAAGCGCUACGUGACCCACCACAUCCCGCCCAGUGAGGCUGCCACACUGCCUGUGGGCUGUGAGCCUGGCCUGGACCCCCUCCCCAGCCUCAGCCCCUAG